UUUUUUGAUAUUCUCACUGAUUUACAGGUAAGUUUUUAAGUUUUGGCUUGAAUAAUUAAUGGUCAUCCUAGACGAGGGACUGUAGCAACGUGGGUUUUUGGUAUUACAUGUUAAAAUAUGUAGGGAUGGGUGUACUUCUUUGGAUCCAAAAUUCAUUUCUUUACGUGGUAUCAGAGCAAGGCUUGUCUCAAUCAUUAUUUCCCGAUAGUGGGCCCCAUAUUAAUAUGUCUAGCCCUGAGCGUGAGGUGGGGUGUUAAAAUAUCCCACACCGGUUGUUUAAGUAUGGUUGAGUUAGGCUCAAGAUUCAUUUCUUUACGUUACAGGCCUGAUUUUUGUAAUGUUGUAAUGGUUAGAGAAGUAGAUGAAUUAUCUAAGUAGUUGUGUUUAUUUGGUUGAUGUUGAAGGAGUAUUUCAGUGAGGACGAGUAGGUUAGAUUUAUUCUGUAUAGUUCUGUUGAUUUGUUCUGUCCGAUUCUCUUGUUUUUACUAUGGUUCUGAUGUAAUUUUAUUUUUUAUAGUUCUGUUUGAUUUAUUCUGCCACAUUCUGGGGAGGUUCCUGUUUUCUCUUUAACUCAUUUUAGAUUUGCAUGCUGAUACAGUUCUGUGCUAUCUGUAGUUCUGCUAGUAAAAAUUAAAUGGAGUGGCUAGUAAUUAUGGUUACAUUGGUUGUGCUGUGGGUGGCUUCACUCUUUAAGAUUCUACUAGAAUCUCUCUCUGCCUCACAAGCUGCAGUUUUAAAUGAUGGUGGAGUGUUUUGCAAGAGAAAUGUCUUGUUGGUUAUCGCUCAUCCUGAUGAUGAGUCUAUGUUCUUUACUCCAACCCUUAAUUAUUUGUCUUCGAGAGGAUGUAAUUUGCACAUAUUAUGCAUGUCAACUGGUAAUGCAGAUGGUAUGGGCAAUGUCAGAUUAGACGAACUUUAUUUAGCCUCGAUUGUGCUUAAGGUUCCACAAAAGCAAGUGAAAGUCCUUGACCAUCCAGAUCUACAGGAUGGUUUUGGCAAAUCAUGGAACUCCAAUUUAUUGUCAAAGAUUAUCAAGGAGGAAAUUGUCAAUUGUGCAAUUGAUUUGGUCAUAACUUUUGAUAAUUACGGAGUCUCAGGUCACUGUAACCAUCAAGAUGUUCAUCAAGGUGUACGAAAACUAUUGCAAGGUUCUUCACAUAAAGAAGUUGAUGCCUGGGAGCUUGUUAGCACUAACAUAUUGCGCAAGUACAGUGGACCAGUUGACAUAUGGUUGUCGCUCGUAUCUGCCAAGUUCCAUUUAAGUGGAGUGGUGCGUUGCUUGCUAAAUGAACAUCCCAGAAGGACCUUAGCUGCAAUGGCUCAGCACAAGAGUCAGUGGGUUUGGUUUCGCAAGCUAUUUGUUUCUUUCUCAAGUUACACAUAUGUUAACUGCCUUAAGAAGAUCAAUUAGAUACAUGCAAGGUUAUUGGUUCACCAAGACACUUGAAAGGAAGAUCAGCUAGAUGUUGCUUUAACAACACUUAAAUGGGAAUAGUAGGUAAAACCACUCAGUUGAUCAUCUAAGCUGAAGUUCCACAUCUCCAAGUUCCCGGCAGUUUUAGAAUUAUUGGUAAUUGCAGAAAUAGUUAGAACCAGCUUUUUUAGUUUGGCCCCCCACCCGGUGUGCGGUACCUACAUUGCAGUCCGACUUCAUGCUCUUUUUAUUAAAAUGCUUCGUGCUUUUGUUUUGGUGAAAAUAUGGUUUUGGUGGCACAAAGCAAAGUUAAUCAAAGACUAUUUUUCCUUUA